AUGGAUGUGAACGAUUUUCAGGAGACUAAGACCUUGACUUUCGAGUGGCGCUUGCGAGACUGGAAACAGAUAUAUGAAGCUAGUAAAGGCGAGCAGAAGUCGCGCGUCACCAAAUCAGCUAUGUUUGGCAACGGCCAAUGGCAGAUUCUAUUCUACGCAAACGCUGGAACUGGGACACCUGGCGACCCCGGUUCAGGCCACGUGAGUCUGUUCUUAUCGUGUGAACCGACGGAGGAAGAGAAGGAAGCAGCUGCAGCAUUGAAUGGCCGGUGGGUCCGGAAGGGGGCCUACACGUUUGCAUUUGAAGUGCACGACUUGGCCAAGAAAAACCUUUUUGUCAUGAAAGAGGCACACAACCACUCGUUUUCCUACAAGACAGCAAAUUGGGGCUGGGCACAAUUCGCGCCGCGAAACUUCACCGACAAGGUAUCCCGAGCGGAUCGGGGCGCCUUCUUGGUGACAUGUACAAUCACCGGUUCCCCCGAACCACCGAAACCUGCGUCUUAUAUUCCUAGGCUUCCAGUCCCGAGGGAUUUGCUCGAUUCAUUCGGCGAUCUGUUAGAUGACCCGGUAUAUUCCGAUGUCGAGUUCGUACUACCGCGGCGCAACGGCAGUCUGCGGUCAUCAAAGCGUAUCUUUGCGAUGAAGAAGAUUCUGAGGCGCCACGAUUACUUCGAUACUAUGUUCGGCAGCGGCUUCCAAGAAGCUUCCGUCGACCGCUUCGAGUUCUUCACCGAACAGGAAAGUAUCAAUGACGGCAACCUCAGCAACGAUAGCAUCUCCGAGAUCACCUCACUAGGUGGUAGAAUCGACGAUUCGGAUGAAGAGGAUGAGGACGACGAGGACGACGAGAGGGCUGAUAUUGGCAUUGACAGCUCUGUCCCACCUACAACGGAGUCAAGCGACGAUGAGGGCGUACGAACACCGCUGAUCGAACAUUCUGACGUACAAAGCGACGAUCCUCCUUUGAUCCCACCACGGGCCAAGUUCGCGGAGCCGCCCACGCCACAAAGCAAUCGUACUGCUCCUGUUCCUCGCGGUCGAACAGGGCGCCCGGCCAGCGUGCAGCACAUUCAACCGCCUCGUAUGCGUGUCGUUGUCAAAGACGUCGCCUACUCGACCUAUAGGGCCGUCUUGUACUAUCUAUAUACCGACAUCAUUCACUUUGCUCCUCUGUCAUCUACCUUUUACACAAUGCGCGGUACUGUCACGGCACCUACACAGACGGUCAGCGAAAGCCAAGUCAACCUCGUAGGAGGCGCAAGUGGGAAGACCGGCCAGUCUGCCGCCGACACUUCCUAUGGGCAAACGGUUAACAGUGGCUCGCGCAAAGAAUGGAUCCGGGAGUGGACAGAACUCAACCCUGGGCGGCCACUUCCCUGCUCGGCCAAGGCAGUGUACAGACUCGCGGACAAGCUGGGCCUGAGGGAGUUGAGGGAGAGGGCCUUCGAGCACAUCAAGAAUGGCUUGACCGUGGAGAACGUCCCGUACGAAGUCUUCUCAACAUUCUCCGCCACGUAUGAGGCUGUUCGCAAGGUCGAGGUCAAGUUUUUCUUGGACCACUGGACUCAGAUACGCACCUCGGAAGCGAUGCGCAACGUUUGGCAGCAAAUACGCGUCGGGCGUCACCCUGGAUUCGAAGAGGUCUGGCCUGUCAUCGCAACCCAUUUGGAGUUCAACCCUCAGAGUACGACCUCUACGUCAGACAGAACGAUGGACUGA